CGCUAGAGGCGUUGCGCGUUGUCGGUGGAAAACUGCAGCGAAAACCGUCACGACCGAACAAUAUAAUCGCUCUCGUCUGGCAUGCACGCUCGCCGGUCGUCCGUGACGGCGACACCGACGGCGCCGCUCGCCGAGACGACGGCGACCCCGGCGCCCAAGUCGGUGUCGCCGCCCAAAUUCCGCAUGCCUUUUAUCAAGGCGCAGAUCCAGGCAAGCCCGAGCAUCCUCCGCGCCUUCAACCGCAAGAUGAAGCCGCGCCCCACGAUGGGCCACGUCACAUUUGACGAGUCGAAAACGGGCCCCGACGAGUCGCUGGUGCAGCGCAAAUCGAGCCUCCCGACAGCGUCCUCGCCCUCGCCCACUUCGCCCUCGACGUUUUACUGCGCCGCGUGCGAUAAGAGCUUUCCGAACCGUGUGCUCUUUGACCGGCACCACGCCUUCUCGUUCAUGCAUGAGCUCAACGUCAAGCAGGCGGCCGCGCUGGCCGAGCUCGCGUCGCAGCCGUCGCCCAAGACGAUGCAUCUCUCGCACCUUGCGCCCAAGUUUUUCUGGCGGCUCCGCGCGGAAGCCCACGUCGUGAUUGGGGAAAAUGCGAACGGGGACAUUGGCGUGUGGAUCUACCAGUCGCCGACAGCGCCGUCGCUCGAGGUCGUGCUGCUGCCGCGCUUGCACACGCUCGCAUCGCUCGAGGGGCCGGCGCUCUACGCCAAGAUCGUCCACCUCGUCGAAGUCGGGUACGAAGCUCUGCAAAGUGCCAGUAUCGAGAAUGACGGGCAUAGCUUUCGGGAUGUGCGGACGCAAACGCUUGGCCUCGUCUUCCCGUUCGAGUACACCAGCCACGUGGCCCGGCAGUCGGUCCUAGGCGGCACGGAAUUUGCCAAGCAGUUUGCUUGCUUCUCGUCGGACGUCGUCGAGGCGCGUCUCGCUGCGUGCACGGUGGCGCCAACGCUCCAAGGGUUUGAGCACGAGCAUGGCAAGCUCCGAGAAGACGCUGAGCUUCUGAAAGCGAGCGUGCAGUCGGCCGAGAUCGAGCAAACCAAGACAUCGGCGAUUCUAGCCCACCUCGCCGCCAAGGUUGUGGUCACGGACAGUAGUAGCAAGGACGAGCCGGAGCCGCCGCCGAUGCAGCCGCAACCGCCGACGACACCGCCUUUGAACAUCUCCCCGCGCCAAGCCAAACGCCUUAGCAACCUCGUGCUGCCGCCAUUGGAAGGUCGACCACCCUUGGCGUAGUGCUCGGCUCCCAUAACACACUUUGCAUAUCCC